AUGAGGCAUCGGACCUCCUCGCUGCCCCGCGUCAACCCACUGCUCGUUUUAGUAGGUACCACUAUGUAAAACCAACCAGCACCUAUGGUGUCGGUUUACCUACACAGUGGCUAAAGAUGUCUGUGGCCUGAAGGUGUCAGCCCCUGUGGUUAAGGUGACAGCUUUCCAGUGUGUGAACACAAAAAGUCCUUGAGGGAAAAUGCAAUAGUGUAUCAUAAUAUGAUCUAAACCAGAACAACGCAUAUGAGCUACAGUUGUGAAAGCACCAAAAAUGAAUUGGAAAUGCUGCUAAGUGCCACAAGCUAUUAAGAGAAAUAUUGGUCCAAGUGAAGGACAAGUUAAGAGCUGUCCCUGUGACUGCAGAGGAACUGGCCUUGCUGAACCAUUGGACAUUCUUAACGGUACAUUAGUAAAGUCACAGAAUUAGACUGUCGUCACACAUUCUUAUCACACUAGUUUAUUUGAAAUAUUGCACAAUCGCAUGCAAACACAAGAGAUACUGUUGCCAGGGAAAUUCUAGAAACCUGAGAUGACUCCAUCUGUCCGCUUGAAACAUGAUAUGUUGAACCAAGGUAAGAAUGGAGCCAAGUUUCUCAUGAGGUAGAGAGAUUUUUAAAAGUACAAGUCAAUUUAAGAGCAAAAUAUCAUUGAGCUUUGUUCUACUUUUGUUGAUGUUUCAGAUGUAAAAACUGGAAAACUUUUUUUUAUUUGCGAAAUUCAAGAGACUUCCUUAGAAUGGCGACGCUUAAGAUGUACAGCAAAAGAGAAAGAGAAAAUCCUUCUGAUGAAUCCAGAUGAAUUAAAAAUGAAGUGAGAACUUAACAAAAGACCAGAUGGGCUCUCAGACAGACAGAAAAGAGGAAUAGAAAAGAGGAAAAGGGAGGGAGGGAGGGAAGGAUCAGCAGCCAGACAGAAGCAGAGAUCACCUUCUUGUUAUCCAGUACAAACUGUAGAGGCAGGAAGAGGCGAGAGAAAGAGCCAAAGAGAGGCUGUGUGAGGUGGGUCGAGAGGCGAGAGGAGGUGGGGCGAGUGUGGGAGAGGCAGAAGGGUGUGUGCUCACAUGAACCACUCUUCCCCUUCAGCUUGUGUGUAUGUAUGUGUGUGCCACUGGCUUCUGUGUCUUUCAGGCAGAGAAUUGAAAAGUUGGAGCAAAGUCUGAGUCAGCUCCAGCAGCUACCAGACACUCACAGCAGCUCCCUCCCCAGUGACAGGUUUUUACUCUUUCUCUUUUUUUGUACAGCUCUCUCUCACUCACUCAUUCACUCCCUCUCUUUCAAACUCUCUCUCAUACUCACACACACACAUACACACACACACACAUACACUUACACACAAACCUCAGGCUCUCCUGGCAGAGGGAAGACAGGACCACUGGAGAACUGUUAUACACCUUUACUCACCCAGCUGUCGCCAGACGUUUUGCCAAGGAUGUGGACGCUUCUCUUGGGGGUCACAUUUGGAUUACUGGCCUCCUCCAGGUCAGAUCAACUUCAAGGUGAGCAGUACUGACUUAAAGCUGUGGCUUGCUCUCUUCUUUGGGAUUUUUCCCCCCACCUAAUUGUGCCCAUAUUGCUGACAGUAUGCUCUUGCUUCCAGAUUUCAGGACCAGAUUGCUUUGUAAUUUUUCCCUGUUUGAGUCGAUUUGACAGUUUGAAUAGGAAUUCAUGAGAAGAAAAGACAGUGAAAGAAAGAAAGAGGCUGUGCUCUGUUGCUGCUGCUGCUUGUGAAACGGAUGAGUGGAUGCCGGCAAAAGAGAGAGUGUGCUACACCAGCGCAGACAGGCUUACGUCUGGCAGUCUGAGACUCCUGAUAGACACAAAGGAGAUUCUUGCUCCCUCUCUGUCUGACACACAUUCGCACCCAAGAAAAGUGAGCUUUUUUUUUAACAGUAGUUUUAGAUGAUCCGUGUAGCUUUCCUGUUUUCAGGUAGAAGCAGAUUAUAUUUCUUUUUACAGUUUAGUGCUACAGCCGGGGUCUGUGCUGCCACGCUUAAUGCUUUAUUCUCUGACACAAAGGAUGUUUAGCAAUGGCUCUGCCCCCCCCUCAGUGUCUCGCUCUUUUCUCUUUGUCUCUUUCUCACAUGUGCUUUCUGUGUAAGCUUUAGAUUGGAUUUGUAGCUCGGAGCGAUAUAUCUCUGGAGGUGUAGUUGGUACUGAAUCAAACAGGUCUGGGUUCGUCUGGCUCUGUUCCCUGAGGAGGUGGUAGUGGGGUUGUUCACAAAGGCUGCCUGUGGUACAGCGCCAACAAACAAUCAAGCUAUAAAUUUGACCAGUGUUUAAAGGCAAAUAAGUGGCUCCCCAGACUGCUUGUAUGUGCACUGUAUGUAGGAUGAGGAACCAGUCUUAAACUAUGUGUUCCCUAUGUGCCAGGGAGUAGGGAACCUUUGUGUGUGUGUUUGAAAGUGUAUUUUGGCACAGGAGUUUUAAGGGUUAUUUGAGUGUCUGGUAAGAGGUUUAUUUGCUGUGUAAGUUGUAUCUCAACUUUCAAACUGAGGCUGUGUUUCUCCUGAAGCACAUCAUAAGAGCAGGUCUCAUGAACUUGUGGUUAGGCCCACCAGCCAAGAGCCUUUAAGCCCUACAUUGAGUUAGUAUCUUGUGCUAAAUGUUGGUUCCUUUAUUCAUUUAUCAGCACUACUUCAAAGACAACUACAUAUGUGUGCAGCAGUCAAGUCUGACUCUAAUUCCUCAACCAAGGAAAAAAUAUCAUGAAUAUGAUCCAUUGUUUUGUGUCCCCUUGCAUCGUCUCAUUACCUCCGCCAAGGAGGUUUUGUUUUCAGUAGCGUUGGUUUGUUUGUUUGUCUGUUAGCAACUUUACGGAGAAGGUAACAGACAGAUUGACCUGAAAUUCUCACCAGAGGUGCGUCUCAGCCCCAGGAGGAUCCCAUUAAAUUUUGGUGGUGAAAAUUCUGGAUACUGUGAUCCAGAACACACAAAAAUAAGGGUGUUGUUGGAAUUUUCAAUGCUGAAAGAUAACCAAUGGGCAGCACAGUGGUGUAGAUAGGCGGCACAGUGGUGUAGUGGUUAGCACUGUCACCUCACAGCAAGAAGGUCCUGGGUUCAAAUCCCAGUCAGUGCAUUUCUUGUUUAAGGGGGGACAUGAGCUGCUUGGCGGAGGUCUGCGCUCUCUGAGUGCCUUUCUAGUAUUGUAAUGUAUCCUAUCAUAUCAAAGCAUACCCCAUCCAAUCCUAUUGUAUUAUGUCUACUCAUUUCAUCAUGUAUCAUCAUGUACACUGCUUUGUAUCAUAUUAUAUUCAUUCCUAGCCUGUCUUGUUGUAUCCUAUCCAACCCCAUCCUAAUAUCCAAUAGGACCAAAUUAUAUAUUAAAAUAUAUGUUCAUACUUUUUUCACACCCUUUCAUACUGUUUCAUAUCUUACCAUUUUAUACUGUAUUCCUUCCUGUUCUAUCAUGUCUUGCCCUUUCAAGUUACCAGCCCUACUGUAUCAUACAGUACCCUGCCAUUCUACAUUUUACUGUAUCAUAACAAGUGGUAAAUUAGUAAAGUAUAUUGGGUUAUAUGGUAUGGUAUGGUAUUGUGUUGAAUUAUGUCGUAUCCUAUCGUGUCCUGUUUCAUACUAUCGUAUCAUCUCAUGUUGCAUCACAUCACAUAAAGUCAUAACAUGUUAAACUGUAUUGUAUCAUAUAAUAUGAUCACAUUAUAUAAUGGUAAAUCACAACACAAAGCAUUGCAGUGCAUAAAAUAAUAUCAUUUGUCGUUAUAUACAGCAGUUUUAAUACAUUAAUACAUUUAAUUGACAUUUUUAAUACUAUUUCAACAUUACAUCUUACAGCCAUAGAAUCAUUGAUAAUAAUGUUACAGCAAGACUUUUUUUUACUAAAUAAUAUCACACAAUUUUCUUUCCUUUGACUACUUCCACUCUCUUGCUUCAUUUAGAUAAACUGGAUGGAUUUCUUAUACUGCUAUUAAAGGUAUACAGACUGCCUAGAUAUGACAGCUCUGUGGGAUCAUUAGAAAAAGUGGUGGCCAUGAUACUGAGUCCUGCUCCUUCCAUAUAGGGGAUUAGUCUUACUCUCUCUUCCAGUCUCGCCUUCACUCGCCAACACAAACUCUGAUGCAUACACUCAGUCCAACAUGACCUCUAGACUUCCUGCAAAUGUUGCCAUAUUUGCUUCCUUGGCGUAACAACCCCCUCCUGCAUGCAGCUGUAUCAUGUUUCAAGGUGAGGGGUGGUCAGGGGUACUGGGCGCUGACAAAGAGGGCUUGUGCUUGUACCUGCUCUGAGUACCAUCUAAUGCCACCUGAGACUCCUGGACACGUGUUUGCCUUCUCCGCCAGUGUACCCUCCUCUAGAAUUCAACCACCCUGAAGCUAAAGGGCCUUAAGUUAGUCUUGUGAAUACUGUCAUCUUUGCUUAUAACCGUUAAACAUGGCUGAACUGCUUAUAAAUGAUUUGAGAUUCUUGUAGAUCAGGUCUACUUUGUUUCUUAGUGUUCAGUAAAACUUUCCUCAUACUUUUUGAAACCUUUUUGUGAGUUUCAUACCCCCUUACCAAAACUACAUGCUGUGUGCCCUCUCAUACAACCGAGUCUUUAUGUCCUUGGGAUAUUUCCUCAGUCAGAUUUCUGUAAAUAACACAUAUCUCUGAAUGAGACUUCUUAACUGGCUGCAAUACAAGGCAAAACAGCAGAUUAUGGUCAUGAAAACCAUCGUUUUAGAGAACUUGAUGAGAGAAUUAUCAUCAUCAUAUGUGACUUACCAUGUUUUGACUCAUGUUUUGUUCGCUGAGUAGUAGCAUAGUGUCAGCAGUAAAUUUGAUAAUGUGUUUUCAAGUUGUCUUAAUGAAAAUAUGACAAAAUAAGACUCAAUUCUUGGUUUCAGUUGUGGAAAAAGUACAUGCUUUGUCUGUAUCCUACCCAUGUACUACUUGCCUAAAUGCAAAGCUAGGGUGACCAUGUGUUUUUGGAGGGCUGUCCGGCCUUGACCGGCUUUGUAUGGGGAAGUUUAUAAAAUCCGGGGUUUAAAGUUCGGGGUUUUGUAUGAAAGUUUCGAGUUUGUGUCACGUAGACUUACUGGGUUAGAAGCGCAUAAAAGACACUCAAUUCGACCUGAAAAACUCUCAAAAUCAACUACAUGUGACUCUGUGACUCCGCCCCCGCAUGGUCAUGUCCUCUUUUUGGGGAUUCAGAAUAUGGUCACCCUAGCAGCUAAGCUAAAAACCAGAUCUUUUAUGUAAAUAUAUAGAAAGUACCAUAGAAAACUACAUUUAACUUGAAAAGCAUGUAGUAAAUGGCCAGAUGAAAGUGUUAACAAAAGUAAACUAGACUUCUUUAGUGAGAUUUUUGUUAUAAAAUGUGUAAUUUCCCCCGAUGUGUCCUUCAUCCUCAGAUCUGAAUGCCUGUAUAGAACACUGAAGGUCAGGUUUCUUAUCUUAGAUUAUCUAUUGGAUCCUCUAAAACCUGGGUUUUAAUUUAGAGGAGAGCUUUGAGGCUAACAUUUAAUGAAAGGCAAAGGUAGAAAAAGUGCCCUUGCUCUUUCUGCUGGAAAGAAAACUGGCUUGCUUUUAGAAGUGUAUGUCAAGGUUAAAGGUGUAAAAAGGCUCGGUGUAGUGAAUGAAAAUGCCACAGUAGAGAGAAAAACAGAUAGUGAGAAUCCUGUACGUGACCUUCGGGUGGUGUUCUCAGUCUGUGUAUGUUUGUGUGGGUGGGUGUUCGUACCGGAUCUCAUGUUUCACCUGUCCCACUGGCCCGCUGGACCUGAGACCAGCAGAGAGAAAGAAAUCCCUGCUGACAGAGCAACUUCCCUCGAGUGUGAUAAUGCAGGAAUCUGGAAAUCAGCUGAUGACUAUGGCUUAAAGGAUUUUUACUGUUAUGAUGAGAAGUUUACAGUGGAUUCUCUUUUCCAGCACGAGAUUUCUGCACUCAUGAUGCAUGAGAAAAAUUUAGUUGAACGUUCUCAGUAACAUCUCUUUCCUUAGACAAGUGGAAACAAAAAAAAAAACACUGAGAAAAAGAAAUAAGGUAGUGUCUUACUUUUCUCAAGAUCAGAACACUUAGAACAGCCUCUUUCUUAUGUUCCUUCACACUGUGUCCUGCUCCUUGAAAGAUUAGAGCUUCAGCAAUUUUCAGCUCCUGAUCAAGUGUUUGUGUGCACGUGUAUCCGUGAUCUAUCUGAGUGUUUGCGCAUCUGCAUGCAGGGGGUAAUUUGCUCUUUAUUGCUGGCAAGGAAAAGACAAACAAAGAGUGAUGAGAUAAAACAAAAGUAAAGGAGAGAGAGAGAGUAAGUGAAGAGGGAGUGGAGAGCUGGGCUUGUCUAUUACUUCUAGAGCAGCUGGAGGUUUUGGCAAGAGGCUUUGUUUAAGCUCCCUUUCUCUCCAGUUCUGCACAUCCAGACUUUGCAGUCUCCUUGGUUUCAACUCUAUUAGGUGACAAUGGAGCCUUUGGGAGAGUCAGUGCCUUGGCAUAGCAAGCUUCUCCACUGUAUAAAGACACCCACGACUGUCCCUGUGCAUACUAAUGCCUGCUCCUCAGAUUCAUGUCAGCUUGCUUUUCAGCUCACUGAUGGUUCGCUGUGCUCACUUUGAUCUCUACAGGCAGGUUUGCAAGGCCAGGGCUGUUGUCUUGUUUUUCAUCCUUUCACUUGCAAGGACUCUGUGCCAUGUGGCAGCAUGUGUUGAGCCCCUUUCAGGUGUGUGUGUGACUGUGAGAGAGAGAGAGCAAGAGAGGGAGAGACUGGAGACAUUUUAAAGAAUCUAAUAUUAAAAAAAAAGGUGUUGGCACUUUCUCCCGCCCUGAUUGCCUAACCGCCACUAACGGCAGAGAGCUCAACUUCCUCCUGCUGCUCGAUCUGUGUUUACUCAUAACAGGCAGUGGAAAAAAAAGCCCUUCUAUAGAUGUCGGCUUCCUCCGCAGCAUUUUCAUAAACAGAGCUACUAAAUAACAAACAGCAAUUUGGUAUUCCCCUCUCAGUGUGUGCUCUCCUCUUAAAAGUGGAGUCAUAUUUAGCUUUUCCAGCAGGGAUAAAAAUAUCUGUAUGGGGACAUUCUAGUGAGAGAAAACUGUGUACUCUUCAUCACGUCUCAUUAUUGCAUGCAUUUAAAUGCAGGAUUCAAACUGAUAGACAUGUUAGACAAUGAAAGUCUCUCUUUUUUCCAAGGCCAGCUCAACAAUAUGUCCGACUCUAUGGAGCAUGUGAUAGCUGUGCGAGUACAUACUGUACUGUAUGAUACAAAACAGCAACACAGACCCCAUCAAGAGUAAUGUGGAUAUCUUUCUGAAGCAGUCUGAAUGGAGCUUUACAAAUGUAUACUCACUGUGGGUCACAGGAUCAAGAUGACAUUCUAUUGUACAUACAGUGUUCCUGGUUGGUGUGUGGGUGUAUGAUUGUUAAAUGAGAGGUUUUCAUGAUCUUUACAGUCCCAAGGCUGAUACAAAGAAGAAGAGAAAGCAAAUGCUGGACCAUGCUGUCCUUCUAACCUUGGUUUAGAUGCUCCUUAAAUAGUGGCCAGCAUCAUAAAAACAUCUUAAAAACCAGUAUUACUGAGCACUGUUGAUGCAAACUGUAAACACAGUGCUCAGCAUAAUUGAGCAUGCUCCUUCAGAGUUGUCAGAAAACCUUCUUUCCUUUCAAAAUCAGGAUUUUCUAUGUCAGACUAUACGAAAAAAUACUUCCCCAAAUGUAGGCCACUGCUCGCAAACAAGAUUUUUGAAGUUGUGUACAAAAAAGUAUAUAUAUUUAUUUUUUUCAAUUUAAAAUGGGAAUGCAAAAAUGAGUACACCCCAAUCAAAGUUCUGGGAGCAAAGCUAAAUUUUAGUUACCAUAUCACCCUUAUUUUCAUCCUAUGGUAAAUAAAAUGUUAGGUUAAACUCAGCUUUGUCAAAACUUUGGAAAUUGUACUUUUGCUAAUCUAGAUAUUGAGUAAUACAUUACUUUGAAUAGGGCAUGUACUGACUUGUGCUGGGCACUGUACAGUGUAUACAGAAUACACGGUAUUCUGGUUAGUGGGUGUUGUUUAUUAAACUAGACCUGAGUGGAGUUAUUGUAAUUAUUCUGAAACUGUGCAUGAGGAAUCACUGCAGGUUAGAUUUCAGAUUCCAAAGAUGAUGUAUGUGUUAGGUGUAGUGUUUUGUGAUCAUAUGUGUUGUUUCUGAGUGAUUCAUCCUGUGAUAGCUUUCACAGUCUGUGAAUCUGUCACCAUGAUAGCACACCCAAACAUGCAAAAACAGGUAGAGGUUUUCUUCUGCUCUGAACAGUUUCAGUACAUUUCCGUGUGACGCAUGUGUUUGUGGGUUAGGCGUCUUCUUUGGCUUUCUGUUGAGCAAAAUAUCCUCAAGAAAAAAAAAAAAAAAAAAAAGGGUAAGACAGAGACAACCAGGAAUCAAGUGUAUUUUAACUUUUUUGUGUUUCGCAGACUCACUUUUUUUUUUUUUCUGCCUUUCAUUCUCACUUCAAACAAUCAGCCCUCUAGCAUAAGCCUAUGUGAACUGGGAGAUAUCACAGACUGUAUAUAGAAUGGACAGCAUCUGCCUCCUCGCUGGGUGAAGCCACUCUGAGAACAGCACCCUCUGUUGACGGGCUGCAGUAUAGGUCAUAAAUCCCUACUCCGUCAGCAAAGCUUAUGGAGCUGUGGACAAACUUUAUAAAUUUAUUACACAGAAUAUAAAUUUUUCUCCCCCUGGUUGCGAUGUUGACAUGUAGUUACAGUAAGACGGGUUUGUUCUCAAGUCCUCUUUUUUCUGUGAAGCUCCGUUUUUAAAAGUUAUUAGGGGGUUCAUGUUUUCUAUGAUUGACACCUGAUACAGCCUAUGGACGUUCAGGGAUUGCGUAGCUCUCCCAGGGGAUACGCUGUUUGAGCCGAGCGUCAUCACAGCGACUCUCUGCGAAUGCGCGGCCGAAUGCGCGCAUCGCUACUGGGCAGCGCUGGUUUCAGGAAAUGAAGAAAAAUCCUGGAAAUACAGAGAGCUAUUUGGCUUCAAAACCGUAUACAGGCGGGAGGCGGAACCAAGUUGUCCAUAGUAUAUACAGUCUAUGGGAGUAAUCUAAUACACAUUCAAAUGCUUUUUUGGGGAAGGUGUUUGUAUAUUUUCAUAACACUGGGGUUCAAAGGGGGUGAGGUUUCUCCUAAGCAAAAUAGACUUUGCAUCACAACAAAUCACUGUGCAACAGCAAGCAGGUUUGGGGGAUUUCAACAUAAAAAGUCUCUCAUUUACAGUUUGUCAAUUGACUGAAUCAUAGCUAAUUUAUUAUUAAUUAAUUAUAUGUGAUUUUAGGCUACCAGUGCAUGCAGUACAGUGAAAAGACACAGUUUUAACUUUGUGCAUGUUUAUGGACUUGUUUGUACACUUUAUGUACAACAUAAAGGACUCCAUAGUGAGGCCUGUAGGUCCUGAAGCUAAGGAUAAACAGGCGGCAUGUCUCUCUCAGAGAAGUCAUCUGAUAGAACUUGUGACUCAAACUGGAAUAUUGAUACUAAACGCACUGCACAAGUUUCAAUCAGAGUUUUACUUAUAAGUUGGAGCGUCUGGGAAUGCAUUCAUGUAUACUUUCAGGCAAAUUAUGGAAAACAUCUCUGAGUGUUAAAUGUGUUACUUGGAAAGAAAAGAAGACAUUGAUCUGCUGGUGAUAAAUCCUGAGAAACACUGACAAUGUAUGAACAUAUUUUUCCACAUACAGUGAGUUCCCGUAGCUGCAGCUACAGCGGUGUGUUCCUGGUUGAGGGAGGGAGCCGUCACUCCCUGAGCUUUGACAUGGCUGUGAAGGUGUGUGAGCAGCUACAGAGCACCUUGGCAAGUGAAGAACAACUCCGUGAGGCCUUCAAUAUGUCCAUGCAGACAUGCAGGUAAAGCUUGUUUAUGAAUAAUCUGAACUCAUUGUUUUAGGCACAUUUAGAUCCCCGUAGUUCUUGUAAAAUACUAAAGAUUCAAUCAAAUCAACCACACCGUUCUGAGAUUAUCUAAUGAGUCGGGGUCCUUUCAUAUUUUUAAAAUGCAGUUUGUUUAAUUGAUGCCAUAUCUACUCAUGGUCAGAAACGCCACUAUAAAGGGGGAUUUGAAACCAUAAAUGAGGGCGAGUUUCUCUCACUGUCAUAGAUGUUCUACUUCUGUCAUGUGGUUAGACCCACGUGAAUUUCCAGUGAAAGAAACCACCAUGUGUCCUCAACUGCAGCGCUGCUACUUCUUCUUUUUUCUUUUUUGUGUGCCUGCUGCUCGUUGUUUUUUCAUGAGGCAUGUUAAGAUUCUCAGUUCAAAAAUGUCCAACUCAUGAUACUGUUGUUGUUUCAGAUACGGCUGGACCAGCGAUAAUUCCACUGCCAUCCUCAGACACAGGGAACAUGAAAAAUGUGCACAGAACCAGACAGGUUUCAUUCUCAAUCACAAUGUCAAAGCUCAGGAUCUCUUUGAUGCCUACUGCUAUGACGAACAAGGUGACUCAACGCACACGAAGUACUGAAUUACACGUUUCCUGUCAUUAGGAUGUACUGUCUGCAUCACAUAGACAAAUGUUGUGUUUUUUAUUUUGAUGACUUCCUCUUCCUUUUCCUCCAUGUUUCAGCUGAGCCGGGAAAGAACUGUAGCAAGAAGUUUCCAUCAGGUGGGCACUCAUCCUCAGAUGAACCAGGUUAGUCCAAGAUGCUUUUUAAAAAAAAACGUUUUCAUGUAUAAUAAAAAAAGCAACCAGUUGUGUGCUCAGGAAUUAAUCAAUUGAAUACAGUCAACUGGAACCACACCUGUACACAGGUACAUCAAUUAAAGCUCCUAUGAGGGUUUUUUUUUUUUUUUUUUUGUUACACGAUUGAAUAAAAUAAACUAAAAUUCAUCUUGAUGCAAUUUCAUGAUAUUGAAAAGCAAACAAGACCAUCAGGGAUAAGAUUGAAAGUUUGUUUGUUGUUAUUUUAUGCCUAAAAGUGUUGCAAGGGGGUAAGUGUCAGCUAAGCAGCUGAAGAAGCAGCCCAGUAUCACAAUUUUACGGUGGCCCUGAGGUGCAAAACACAACGACAAAUCAGGAAACACAACAACAUUAACCAUCGUAUUUUGUCUUUUUGUGUUGUGUUUUCUCUUUUGCCGUUGUGUUUACUGUUUUGUUUUUGUGUUUUCUGAUUUGCCGUUGAUUUUUUUUUCUCUUUUUGUGUUUUCUCUUGUUGUGUUGUGUUUUCUGAUUUGCCAUUGUGUUUUCCUUUUUUUCGUUGUGUUUUCCCUUUUUUGCGUUAUGUUUUCUCUUUUUGUUUUCCCUUUUUGUGAUUUCUCUUUUAAUGUUUUCUCCAUUUUUAAAUCGUGUUUUCUUAUUUGCCGUUGUGUUUUCUCUUUUUUUGUUGUGUUUUCUUAUUUGCUGUUGUGUUUUCUUAUUUGCCAUUGUGUUUUCUCUUUUUUUGUUGUGUUUUCUUAUUUGCUGUUGUGUUUUCUUAUUUGCCAUUUUGUUUUGCACCUCAGGGCCACUGUACAAUUUCCACAUCAAGUGUCAAUGUCCCCAAUAGUUGAUAUACUUGACUGAAAUGAGGAGGCAGGACAAGAUUUUUGUCCAUAUGUACUACUUAAGCAUGCAAAGAACAAUCAGUAAAAGAUUGCUUUGAUGAACAGGGAAAGUUUACCUUGAGUGUUCCUGGCUAAACAAACUGAAAGCUCGAUGAAUGUACUUCUUCCACACUGCGCAGUCAGGACAAGAUUUUAGCAGUGGUCACUCUAUACAUGACCCCACUGCAGAUUUUCAUGGAGUUGGAGCUACUUUCACUCUCUAUUUGCUCUUCUUCUUCCUGAACCCCUGAUAAAUACAUCUCUGAUGUAUCAGGUAUAAUGUUCUGGAGCAGUCACAGCAACAGAACGGGCUGAGAAAGAAACUGUCAAACAGUGUGAAUGGCACUUCCAGUCCGAAGGCUCCAAGUCUUGCUUUAUAUUCAAACUGACAGCCCAUAAAAAUAUCAACAGAACAACCCAAAGUGUUUAAAUAACAUGCAUACUAACACGGCAUUCUUAAGGUCUGAAAAUGUAAAGUAUUUUAACAACAACUGACUGAAAAAGAAAAAAAAAAUCCCUCUUUUGUUAAAAGUAAAAACAUAUUUAAAGUUGUGUUUGUCAAUCUGCUGACUCCUCCCCAGAGACGACAACAGCAGACCAACCUGAGGAUGCAUCUGAGGGUGCGGUAACACCAGGGGAAGAUGCUUCAGGAGGUGUUAUAGAGAGCACCACAUCAGUCACUACUAUUCCCACAGAACUAAGUCCAGGAGAGUCGGGGGCCUCUACAGGGGACCCUGCGGCUGAGGGGGAUGCCGAGGGGAGGACCACUUUCACUGCUGGAGAGUUCGACCAACCCAUUGGGUCUGGGAUGCAGCCGGAGGGAGUCUCUCCUACGGCCCCUGUUGGAGAGUCAGCGGAAACACAAGCUUACACUGAGAAUGGACAGAAAGGUGCUGGAACAGACAGUAAGGAAACCACAAAUCACAACAAACCACAAUCACACAAAUUGUAGCCUAGCAAACACUGGUGGACACAUUUUUCAUUGAAAAGCUACACCAGACAGUGUGAUGGAUAGUGCUUCAAUUUAAGAAACAGCAGCUCAGUGAUGCUUGAACAGUAACAGUAAUGCAAGGGUUGUUUUAAAGAGAUAGGAGUGUUUAUAGUUUGAACUGAAGUAUAAUACACAUUCCCCAUUAUCUGCUCCACUCUGGUAACCUAACCCAAAAUGAACAAAUAUAAUAAGACAUUUAAAAAAAAUAAUAAUAAUAAUUCCUCUUCAAUUGGAAAUGCUCUCUAAGUGCAGCUUAUUCUGACAUUGGUGCAACAGGUAGUGGGAGGACUGAACAAACUUGAAGAACACAUGACGCCCUCUUGUGUUGGGUUUGGAAGUGAAGAGAACUUGUGACAGAGCUGGCCUUGACAAUGACGUUUCAGAGAGUGAUCAUGCAUCAAACGAGCCUGACUAAAAAGCUUGGAAAAACUUCACAGUUUUCACUUGUGCAGUUAAAAGUGACUUUCAUCAUGUAGUUUACAGUAUGUGCUGCCACAAAGACUUCAGCCUCACUUAGUGAUGAAGAAGUAUAACCUAAUGACUGGAGGACACACAUGAAAAAGGAUGUCUUUGUGUAUGCUGACACAAAUAUAAUAUACUGCAUCGAGUUUUAGGAUGCCAGUUUAGCUCGGCUGGUAGAGCGGGCGCACCAAAUAAAGAGGCUUUGGUCUCUCACGCAGGUUUGACUCCCAGCCUUCACCCCUCAGUGCAUCCCUCCCCCACAUUUCCCAUCUGUCUUCAGCUCUCCUGUUGAAGAAAAGCAAACGGCUCACAAAGUUACAUAUACGUAGUUGUACUAGUUGUACACAGUUUUGCGUAUCGUUUCAGUGUUUAUAGACACUAUAAUUCAUGACAGUUUUUUUUCUUUUCUUUUUUUUCUUUUUGUGCGAGUGUGGGGUGCUUUAUGACAAUCAGAGUGUCAUAUAUGUGGAGAGUUAGAAAUUUGAUCCCCAUGAAUCAGUUACUUAAAGAUGAUGAAAGUUGCAACUAAGAGUGAUAUUACACAGGUGUAAGCAUUUUUUUGAUGUACCUCCUAACAGUUGAACUUAAAACAUAAACAGGCAGGGAAGUACGAUGGCCCUGAGGCGCAAAACACAACGGCAAAUUAGAAAACACAGCAAAAAAAGAGAAAACACAAUGGCAAAUCAGGAAACACAGUGACAUUAACCAUCGUGUUUUCUCUUUUUGUGUUGUAUUUUCUGUUUUGCCAUUGUGUUUUCUGAUUUGUCGUUGUGUUUUACACCUCAGGGCCACCGUAUGGAAGGCAGGGAGUCAAUAAUAUUCUUAGUUUUCCAGGAGACAAAUCCUAUUCUGUGAUUAUUUAAAUGUUUGCCUUGUGUUUUGUUGACAUUUAGCUCCACCACAACAACCUAAAGGCAAAGAUAAGGUCCUGGGUCCUGAUGCGGGUGGGCGUGAUCAGAAGGACGGCAGUGAUUCAACAAGUAAGUUGGGGAAAUUUCCCUUCUGUUUUGAUCCAAUCUUGAUAGUACUUCUUGUAUUAUGAGUUUCAUGUCUUACGUUGUUUCUCCCUCCAGACUGGCUGGUUAUCAUUUGCGUGAUUGUUGCAGUCGCUGCCAUUCUUCUUGUGUGUGCAGCUGUUGCCAAGAGAAAAACGUAAGGCUUGUAUCAUCCUUUUAAACAUUUCUAAACAGCUGUCAUGUAUUUCCCCCUGUCUUUCUGACAUGUAGUCAAUAGACGCCGUUCCAAUUUCCACAUACGUUGCUGCGGACUCAGAGCAGGCAAAACAAUCAAUACCAAAUAAAUGUGCCUUAAUAUGCUUCUUCCAGUUUGUGUGGCAAACAACAAACCCUGAUCAUAACGCCCAAAGAUGGCGGCGAGGGGAAUGGGGCAGCUGCAUCUGCAUCCAGCUCCCACGCCCAUGAGAGAGACCAGGAAAUGGUGACCCUCAUGAACAAGGAGAAGAUCCAGGAGAACGGCAACACGGAGGAGUUCACGGUCAUCACGCUAGAGGAGUCGCCGGACAAGGAGCAGCUGGCAUGA